UUUACGGCUGAGUUUAGCUUUUUGUUGUUGUAUUUUAAAAAAAAAUAUUAUUUUUUUUUCAUUAUUGUUCGCUGCAAUCCAUCUAAAGGCAACCGCAGCAGAUUCAAGAUUUAGUUACGAUCGAGCAGUCAAACAAUUAUAUCGUUGGAUAUUAUUUUUUAUUUCGAGCUAGUUGCGGUGAAUUUUUUAAAAAAAUAAAUAAAAUAAGUUAAAAUUUCUGGCGAAUUUUAAAAAAGUGAAGAAAAAAAAUUAAAAAUCAUGAAAAGACUUUUAGUUCAAUUAAUUGCAAUUCUGCCAGUAAUUAACUGCUGGACACCAUUAGUGACACAUCCAGCAUCAUAUUCAGUACAACAUUCAUAUCCAUCACUGGGAAGUGAGACUGAAAUUCUUAAAAAAUCAAGUAAUGAGCUUUUCAGUCACGACACCUCCGUUGAUCAUCUGUUUGAAGCAUUCCAUGCUAAAUCCAAUGAGUAUAGUAUUGAAUCUCCCAGUGUAAGUGCACUCAAAGUUAAUGAUGGAAGAUAUUUAAGUGCGAAAGCAUUGCAUUUUAGUAGUAACAGUUUUAAUGGAAAUUUCUACGACGAUGCUUGUGCCUUCGAUAAAUUCGCAAUUGAUCAUGAAUCGACAAUCGAUUAUGAUGCAAGCUCGUUAAAGACAAUGGAUCAAUUUACACUUUGCUCGUGGGUGCGCUUUACAAAGCACGAUGGUGAUCAUGUUCUGUUUACUUAUUCAGUUCACGACGAACCACGAGAAAUUCAAUUCUGGGUAUCAAAUGUGAAUAGUUCUAGCUUCGUUACACUUGCUGUACGUGGAUAUUCACUUUAUCGUCUCGGAUAUCCAUUCCAAAUGAAGAAAUGGCAUCAUACGUGUACAUCAUGGAAUGGAAAGACUGGCGAAUGGCAAUUAUGGGUCAAGAGCGAUCGUGUUGGUCGAGGAUUUUACAAUCGCCUCGUCUCCCACGAGAUUGAAGCCGGUGGUAAGGCAUUCACCGGUGGAAAAUCAACAACAGGAAAAAUUUGCGAAGGACUUCACAUGGAAAUAACAUCAUUACAACUCUAUUCGGUUGCCUUAAGUGCUGGAAAAGCUCAUCGUGAUCAUAAACAUCAUCAUGUCCAUAAAUUCGACCACGAUGGUGAAAUUUCAACAACAACAGCAUUACCAAGACCGGCAGUUGUAGCAAAUCAAGCAAUAAAUCCAUUAUUAGCAAAUGGACAAUUUCCAUCACGCGUUAAAAUCAAUUUUGCUGGUGGUCAAUCACCUGUAUCAACACCAGCACCCGCAACAUUAAAUACACAUUUCAAUAGAGGUCAAUACAACAUUGGUGCACGUAACUUACAACAUCAAUUAAUUAAUAAUAAUGCAAUUCAUCAUUACCAAAGUCAAAGUCAAUUUAGUCAACAACCGACACCUUUGCCUCAACAAGUCAAUUUCCCAUCAUCGCCAUCAAGUUCAAGUAUACAAUUUCCACAAAAUGAUGGUUUACAAUUCACAUCCUCAUACACAGGCUUUGGAAGUCAUCCAGCUAAUGUUGAAAUUAUUGAUGAGUCACAAUUGCCAACAUUAAGGUUUAAGCGUUCAAGUGAUAAAAAAGUUGUUGCUGAGACGAAGGAGCAGGAGAAGAAAAAACGUGACUUGAUCACAUUAACAGAAGUCGAUAAUCAAUUUUUCGAUACUGAUUGGUAUGAUGGAUUGGCCCAAUUUGGCGGUAGCGAUUUUAAGCAGCAUUUGAAGCAACAUGACAAUCUUGAAGACGAAAUUAAAGAACAUGAUCGUGAGCCAGCAGAAGGAGAAGUCGAGGCUGUUCGUUCAUAUUGUAAUUCAUGUCUCAUAGAGCCAUUCGAAAGUGCACUCGUGUUACCAUGGAAGAGUGCGCAACCAUCCAGUAAGGUGCUAAGAGCGAAAGCAUCUAAAGUUUGUGGAGAUUUUUAAGUAGCUUAAGUGAGCACAAUGAUGCAUUUUUAAUUUUUAGUUCGCAUAACCUUGACUUUCAUUUCUUAUUAAUCUCUUCGCCUUUUUUAUUUAAUUUUCAUGAAUUAUUCAUCGCCUCAUCCCAUAGAAUUAAAUUCUCAUUUCGAAUGGGAAAAAAAUUAUAUUGAGAUUUUUUAAAAUUAAAUUUUUUUGUUAAUUGUUUCGUGUAAAUUCAGCUAGGCAUCUACGUUUACAAUAAUGCUCAGUUUAAAUUUUAUGAAGUGAAUCAUUGCCAAUAAUUAUUAACUAAUGUGGCAUAAAAAAAUCAAUCGAGAGAAAAUGUUACGGAGAUAUUCAAUUGGGAGGAAAAAGUCUUUUACUUUUUGAGUCACGUAAAGAUAGAUUUUUUUUUGUACAGUUACAUUUGAUUUUAUUGCUUAGAUUGACUAAGUUUUAUGAGAUUUGAUGUUUCAAGGUAGUCGAAAAUCUAAUCAGUAGACUGGUUUUUAAUGAAAUUGGAUUAGAUUUGGGACUUCAUGAAGAAUUUGGAAUUAAAUUUCAAAAAAAUCAAGA